AUGCGGACAAACAUGCUAAGGGCAUCAUCAUCCGCUGUCCGCUGUUUGAAAAGCCACCCCUCGGUCGGCUGGCUCGCGACGCCAACAAUUCGCGGGAUCUCCUCAACCAGCUCAUUAUCCGCCACUGCGCUCCCCAUUACCGCAACCGGACCACCUCCCAGUGCUCCUGUGCCUACAUCUCCUCAAUAUGGAGACCGAAUUGAAGAACGAAGACGGAAAGCAGAGUUGCUCAGACAAGGCAAAGAGCUCCGCGCAGCAAACCAGCCAGGGGCAAAAACAAGUCCGCUUAAGAAGAGGUUUUGGAAAGAGGUGAUUGUCAAAGAAGUCCCGGAAGGGUAUCAAGUCUACUUGGACAAAAGACCCGUGCGAACACCGGGUAAAUCCAUCCUCACAGUCCCACGCUCCAAGCCGCACCUGGCACACGCCAUCGCGAUUGAAUGGGAUCUACUCGAAUCCGCACAGCAAGCGCUGAAAAACCAUAACAUUCCUAUGACCUCAAUAGCGGCUCGAGCGCAGGAUAUCCUUGAAUCAGAAGCGCGAGGAGAUGAUAAGAUCCGCAAUGAAAUCAUUGCAACCAUGAUGCGUUAUCUAGACACGGACACGUUACUAUGUUGGGCACCAGAAAAGCCGGAGUCUCCUCUGGAAAUGCAAUCUGAGCGGACCGAGUCACUACGCGAGGUUCAGAUCAGGACGGCCAAACCAAUCAUCAGCUAUCUCAGCACAUCCGUGUGGCCUGGUAUUGAGAUCAAGCCCGUGCUGGACGAAAACAGCAUCAUGCCUACGCAGCAGGAUGAAACGACGAGAAGCGUGAUACGCGGGUGGAUCGCUGGGCUGCCGGCAUAUGAGCUCGCCGCCCUUGAACGGGCAGUGCUGGCUGGCAAGAGUCUUCUCGUCGGCACGAGACUGUUGAUCGAGUGGAGCGAGGAAUUCCGGGAUAUGCAACAAAAGGGCAGUGAGAAGCGGUUCGGCAUAGAGGAGGCUGCCGAGGCCUCCAGCCUGGAGGUCAGAUGGCAGACGGGGAUGUGGGGGGAGGUCGAAGACAGCCAUGAUGUGGAUAACGAAGAUAUCAGACGCCAGUUGGGAAGUGCUAUUCUGAUGGUGACUGGAAGACGAUAG